AUGUGCUGCACCAGGCCGCCUCAUGUUUCAGUUGAUACGGUAUUCGAGAUAUCGCGAUACAUGUAUAGACGUAACACACUACUCAUAAGGUUGCUGAAAACUCUUCGACAGCCCACGACCGGUUUCUGCCUAAUUUAUCAGCUCUAUUUCAACCAAUCAGAGUGCGGAGUUAGUUUCGAACUAACUUUUGCGGGAGACUCACCUGGAACCCAGCUCAAAAUGUGCUGCACCAGGCCGCCUCAUGUUUCAGUUGAUACGGUAUUCGAGAUAUCGCGAUACAUGUAUAGACGUAGCACACUACUCAUAAGGUUGCUGAAAACUCUUCGACAGCCCACGACCGGUUUCUGCCUAAUUUAUCAGCUCUAUUUCAACCAAUCAGAGUGCGGAUGUCUAACUGCCAUGCUACCCGAAGGAAAUACGAGGGCUAAGAUACUGUCAGGUUGCCCAAGCCUAGACAGGAGAAGUCGAGAGGCAGAGGUCGGGUUCGACCGCGCUCUAACCACUUGGGCCAUCUCGCCCCCCCCACUGCCAAACAGACAACACACACUCGACAAAGUGCAAACACAUACCCUCCUUGUACAUCUGUGCCAACGGGAGUAG